CCUCUGGUGACCUUGAGUCCCUCUGAACAGUGGGAGGGCCUGGCAGGAGCCUGGCCCAGUCCCCGAGUGAGUGCCAACUCUGAAACCAGAUCGGUCACACCCUGGAGAAGAAAAGGCUGUUGAUGUUCCUCCUUGACGUCCUCCAGCCGCCACCGACGUCAGGACAGACACUUUCUUGCCAGCUGGGCUUGCUGCCAUCCCAGUGGCCUGGGGCAGACUUCCACCUGCAGCCCAGAGAGUGUGGACAUAGCAGGUCCCACCUCCCCGGGUUGCUCAGGGGCCUCCACAGUGGCUCCCGCUCAAGGGACAGUGACAUUUAGAGACACCCGGCUGCCGGGGUCGGGAAGGGAAGGUGCCCUGGCUCCUGGGCUGGCUGGAGGGGUCAGGCCCGCUGACCAGCCGCUCAGCGCCCUCCUGCAGGAAGCCUCAGCAGAUGGUGAACUUCUGGCCCAGGGUCAGGGUAGAAAACUCUGGCUGCUUGUGGGAGGGGACAGGAAGGCUGGUCCCUGAGCGAAGCUGGCCUUUUCCUGUCCUCCUCUCUCUCAGCCAGGGACGGACUGCUUUGGAGCCCACCUCUCACACUGGCACCGCUGGUGGCCUCUGCCCACUGCAUGGCAACCCAGAGGGUGGCCCACCAGGACCUCCCAAAGACAGGGGGUGGAGGAGGGAGCAGGACAGGGACACUGGAGGGCGGCAGCAGCCAUGGCAGCAGUUUCAGCUGGCUGCUUGCCUCUGCCCCAGAGCCCUGUCCCUCCACCACAGCCCUGUCACAGGCCAUUAGGCUCUCAGCAGGUGCCCUGUGCUCGCUGGAGGCGGGAGCCGGGUUGGAGGUGGACCUGGAGACGUGCCAUCUCCCCCCCACCCCGGCCUGGCACUGUCGGGGCUCAGAGCCCUCCUGGGAGGCUCAGGGCACUGGUGGCCAAGUGAUGAGAUAGUCCUUUGCCACUCAGGGUGUGGCACUUGUCCAUUCCAUCCCACACGCCUGCGGAGGCCCCACUGGUGGGGGACACGGUGCUGGGCUGGGCCCCAGCCAGGAGGCCGCGUGCUCAGGCCCUGCCCUAGCCUGGAGCACCAGGCAGGGAGGCUGCCCCGGCCCAGGAGGACAUCCAGAAGAAGUGGCCUUCAGGGCUCUAGGCCUAAAGGACGCUGAUAGGAAUCAGGGGACCAUACCUCAAUGGCAAGAUUCCCCCCUGAGACCGACGGGGCCAGUAACGCGUGUUCUCAAGAACUGUGACGCGCAGGAGACGGACCGGACGGACCUGUGGACACCAACAGUGAAGAGGGACAGAUCCAGAGAAGAACUUGCUGGAGAAGUGGCCAAAGUGAAGACCCCUGGGGUCCAUGAGGGCCACUCCGCACAGAAGGAAGCCCGGGGUCCAGCUCCAGGGACCACCCCUGGCCCUGUUGCCCCCUGCAGCCAGGAGCUGGCCUGCGGAGCCCGUGGGAAAGAUGGGAGCCCACUCCAGGAUGUCCUAGCCCGUCAGCGUCCCCAAGCCAGGGUGGCUGAGUGUCCCUACUUCAGGACCACCCUGCAGGCGGGCGGGAUGGAGCCGGCAAAUGAGGAGAAGCUGGCCUCCGUGUCCACCCUGGUGACUGUGUUUGAGAGCAGCAGGACCCCGGGAACUGCGCCCAGAGACCAGGCCCCGCCACCAGCCCCAGGGCCAUGGGAGAAGCCGCAUGUCGGGGAGACCCCCGAGUCUGGGCCCAGGACCGUGAGCAGGAGGUGUCUGAGCUCCCUGAAGAACAAGCUGUCCAGCGGGGCCUGGCGGAGACCUUGCCCACCUGGGACCUGCGAAGGGACAGUGCCACAGGAGCCCGAGGAGAAGAGGGUGGUCCGGGAGCUGCUGGAGACGGAGCAGGCCUACGUGGCUCGCCUGCACCUUCUGGACCAGGUGUUCUUCCAGGAGCUGCUGCGGGAGGCGCAGGGCAGCAAGGCCUUCCCUGAGGACGUGGUCCGGCUCAUCUUCUCCAACAUCUCCUCCAUCCACCAGUUCCACGCCCGCUUCUUCCUCCCCGAGCUGCAGCGGCGCCUAGAGGACUGGACGGCCACGCCCCGCAUCGGGGACGUGAUCCAGAAACUGGCCCCGUUCCUGAAGAUGUACAGCGAGUACGUCAAGAACUUUGGGCGAGCCGCAGAGCUGCUGGCCACCUGGACCGACAAGUCCCCGCCCUUCCAGGAGGUCAUCGCCCGCAUCCAGAGCAGCGAGGCCUCGGGCAGCCUGACCCUGCAGCACCACAUGCUGGAACCGGUGCAGAGGGUUCCCCGCUACGAGCUGCUGCUCAAGGAGUACGUCCAGAAGCUGCCGGCGCAGGCCCCCGACCGCGCGGACGCCCAGAAAGCCCUGGACAUGAUCUUCUCUGCGGCUCAGCACUCCAAUGCGGCCAUCGCCGAGAUGGAGCGGCUGCAGGACCUGUGGGAGGUGUACCAGCGCCUGGGCCUCGACGACGACAUCGUGGACCCCUCCAACCACCUGCUCCGCGAGGGCCCGGUCCUCAAGAUCUCCUUCCGCCGCAGCGACCCCAUGGAGCGCUACCUUUUCUUGUUCAACAACAUGCUGCUCUACUGCGUGCCCAGGGUCAUCCAGGUGGGCGCCCAGUUCCAAGUUAGGACCCGCAUCGACGUGGCCGGGAUGAAGGUGCGGGAGCUGCCCGACGCCGAGUUCCCCCACUGCUUCCUGGUGUCGGGGAAGCAGCGCACCCUGGAGCUGCAGGCGCGGUCCCAGGAGGAAAUGGCUUCCUGGAUCCAGGCCUGCCAAGCCGCCAUCGACCAAAUUGAGAAGCGGAAUGAGACCUUCAAGGCUGCGGUGCAGGGCCCCGAGGGCGACGCCCAGGAGCAGGGGCAGUCUGAGGAGCUGGGCCUCCGAGCACCGCAGUGGGUGCGGGACAAGAUGGUGACCAUGUGCAUGCGCUGCCAGGAGCCCUUCAACGCCCUGACCCGCCGGCGCCACCACUGCAGGGCCUGUGGCUACCCCGCUGGCUCUCCUGUCCCCGCGCUGACGAUGCCGUGUCCCCAGGUGGUGUGCGCGCGGUGCUCCGACUACAAGGCCGAGCUCCAGUACGACGGCAACCGGCCCAGCAGGGUCUGCCUGCACUGCUUCACCUUCCUCACGGGGAGCGUGCUGCCCGAGGACAGGGACAGGAGGCGGGGCAUCCUGGAGAAAGGCGCCCCGCCCGGGCCCGGCCAGAGCCUGAUGUGCAGCUUCCUGCAGCUCCUCGGGGACAAGUGGGGCAGGAGCGGCCCCCGGGGCUGGUGUGUCAUCCCCCGCCACGACCCCCUCGUGCUCUACGUCUACGGGGCUCCUCAGGACACGCGAGCCCACACCUCCAUCCCCCUGCUGGGCUACCAGGUGACCCCUGGGCCCCAGGGGGACCCCAGGGCCUUCCAGCUGCAACAGUCGGGCCAGCUCUACGCCUUCAAGGCCGAGACCGAGGAGCUAAAGGGCCGCUGGGUGAGGGCCGUGGAACAGGCAGCCGGGGGCUGCAGCCCCCGAGUGACUGAUGACGGGGACCUGUCUGACUGAGCCACUGCCGGCCACACGUCCUGUUCCAACAUGCAGGAGAGAUGGGUCCAGCCGGGGGACGUGGUGCACAUCUGUAAUCCCAGAGGCUCGGAGGCUGAGGCAGGAGGAUGGAGUUCAAGGCCAGCCUCAGCCAUUUAGUGGGCCCCAAGCAACUCAGCAAGACCCUGUCUCUAAAUAAAAAUGUGAA